AUGGCAGACAAGGAGGAAAAGAUUGCUGCAGAUGGCCAAAGUCCUUCAGCCGAUGGGUCGGCUUCAAUGACUACAGCUGGUGGUAGGCCAGUUGACUCUCAGAGCCUACAAGAGGCUAACCUGGCGCCAACAACAUGGUCAACUCGUGACAAAAAGCAACCUUCUCCGCACAGAAGCAGCGGAUUGGAGGAUGGUACAGGACGGCAACUAAGACGAUCUGGAUCACUGAGAUUAGGACAGCCAAGUGGGUUGGUGGAGGAGGAGAUUCAUCCAACGGUUGCCAGGGCAGCCUUGAGAUUGAUUGGCGCUCAGGAGGGCACAACAGAGCCCCAGCUGGUGCUUUGGAGAGAGUUCCAAUGCUCCGGACUCUCAGAACCUACAAGAGGCUAA